AUGGCAACUAACAAUGAUGUUUAUACUCUUCACUAUUUCCCAUUUUCACUAUAUUCGCUCAUGGUACGGUUUGCCUUGGUAAUAGGCAGAAGGCUGAAUCCGGAUACGGCGCCAAACGUUGAGAUAAAACUGGUGAAUCUGCAUCGCGAGGAGAACUUUUCAGAGCAAUAUCUCACUUUGGUGAACUCGAAAGGCCAGGUCCCCGCACUGACAUCGGCUGCAUUCUCAUCGCCACUCGCAGAAAGCUAUGACAUCUCGAAAUGGCUGUGCGAGAAGCAGCCAGAUCUGAUUCCGGAGGAGCACCGAGAAGCGAUUGAGAGCCUCAUGGAUAAACUGUACAGUUUCCAUGCCAAGACCCUAACGAUAGGGUCCGACCAAAAGAAGCACGGAAUUCCAAACCGGGCUGCUGAGCUACUGGAGCAAAAGGAUUUGUCCGAAUCUCAUCGCAGAGCGUUGGAGAUUAAGAGCGUAUUCCACGACCUACGUCACAACACAGUAUUCACUCCCAGUGGCAUUAAAGACGUUGAAGACAAGGCCCGCAUCUUUAUCCAAGAGUUGGAUAAAACUCUUGACGAGGAGAGUCAGGGACAACGCUGGAUCUUUGGCAAGCGGCCAACGAUACUUGAUGCACAUGCUACGGUGAUGAUAGCAAGGUUGAUGGAAGUGAAGCGUCAAGACCUGCUGACGGAGAGAGUGCAAGAGUAUACGAGGCGAGUUCUUGCAUCUGAAGAGUGGAACGAAGUUACGCAUGGCAGGGCCACGCGCUGGAACGCCUCGAUGGGAGACGUCGCCGAUAUGAACCCACUGUAG